GCGAGGACGCUGAUCACACCGUCUGUACCUAUACCUAGUCCACGGCCGCCUACUUCCAUGACUUCGGAACGAUGAGAUACAGGAACACUCGGCAUUGCUCUCGCUCCUUCCUCGUCAACCGGUCACUACGAUGAUGCUUCCAGCCUGUCUGACAGCUCUGCUUGCACUCCAAGUCACCACAGCUCUCGCCAAUACCGAGAAACUCAUCUUUCUCGCGCCGGCGGUCAUCACGCUGCCAGACACCGGACCAACGCUGCAGGCGCUGCAUCUGGAUACGGUAUCUCCGAAGAGUCCGACGCUGAGAAAGGCCUUGGCUGUUGCAUUUCCUACGCAGGAUCGUCCACGAGGCCUGGAGUCCUGGUAUCUGCUCGAGGGCUUAAGCGCUGCCAGUCGAUACGAAAUUCGGAUCUGCUGGCCAGCUGUGCAACCCACGGAGUUCUGGCUCGAGACAUACAACGUCUCGCACGUUUUUGACACUCCAGCGUUGAUUCAGGGUCUUGCUGCAUUCGCCGAACAGCAAGUGCAGCCCUCCGCCGACCGUGAGCUGAGGCGAAGUCAGCCUUUGGAAAGCCUGCUCUUUCUCAAAGUACAAGCUGCUGCAGACUACUUUACUACAAACAAGACGCUGAUGCUGCGCCCGCAACCCGUGGAUAUCGACAUCAUUCUCGAUCCAUAUCUUGCCAAUAUCUUCCCCGCUUCGCUUCUGCCCACGGCAAUUUACAUUGUCGGCCUAGCUAUCUUAUCUUUCUACGUGUCGGGUUGGAUCUGGCGCACUCUUCAGUCACAGACCUUGAUCAAGCAGCGCACGGACUGAGCUCACGAUGAGCACGCCAGACGAUGAUUUCGAAGGAGAGUUCAGUCAUCUGGCCGCCGAUGAAGAAGACCCUGUUGUCGAUGGAAAACCUCUCAUGCCGCUGCCGCAAGCGACGCCCCGUCGGCCCAGACACCCGUUUUACACGCUUCCAUCGGAGCUGAUUCUCGACAUUGUGGAUUUACUCAGUCCCGAGUCCUUCAUCAACUUCGCAUUCGCCAAUUAUCCGCUUCUUCACUCGUAUGGAGUAGCGCCUGCACUUUCACGUACGAGAGUCAUCUAUAUCACAACGCAAACACAGAUUCCAGCCUUGUUCCCGCUCCUGCGCAUGCCAGCUGAAAUCCUGCUGCACAUUAUGCGGAACCUGAAACCUAUAGACAUUAUGCGCUUCGUGGUUGCCAAUUAUCAGGACUUGGCGAGGCAAGGUAUCGCACCACCCAUGACGCCAGGGACGGAGCGCGAGCUGCGCAAUGCUGUGAGGGCGAGCAUAGGACGAGCUUGGGUUUCGCAGACAGGGAGCUGGGGCUAUUCAUGGAGAGAACAGUGAAACAGAGCAGGGAGUGGUAUUGAUGCUCGAGCCAUAUGUCUUCGCUGGCCCAUGAAUCUGCUGUUGUGGUAGAUGGGUAUCAUCAUGCUUGUACAGAUGGACGGUGAUCGUGGUGUCGAACGCUGAAGGCGUGGUUUCUGCAGAAUAUAUAAUAGCAACGCCGGCGGCAGAUGCAGGACAGCCCUUGAGUGACAUAUCUGUGAUGGAGUUUUUCACGUCGUCGAUUGCUAGGCAUGAGUUGAUGAGGAGUCUAGCCGUAUUCAAGCUCAAAGGCUGUAGACAUGCGAACCGAGGAA